AAAACAACAUCCACAGGCAUCAACACAUCUGAUGAUAAAAUACAGUGAACCUCAUGUACCUAUUCUUUACGGCCCACAAAUUCCUCGACGAGAUCGUGAUGACACUCGAGAACGAUAUAGUCGAGCUCUUCUCACGCUCUUCGUGCCCUGGCGCACAGUUACUGAUCUCUGUGGUGCCAAUCAAACAUGGGAAGAUGCCCUCAACUCUCGGCAACAUCUUAUUUCUGUACAUUCGUGGAAGAUCAUAGAAAAUAUCCAACUUUUGCACGAAUGCAAAAAGGACCGCGAUGAACAUUUACUUCAAGUUAUUGCUGAAGCUCAAGUCGACAAUGAUGCAAUCGAUCCUGGACUUUUGCCAGCAAAUCAUGAUGUUCAUGGUGUAUACGACAUGGAUGACAGCGAUGACUUGCUUGAACUAUUAGGCAAUUUAGAUGAAUAUACAACUGCUGCAGUCAAUACCACAAGAAAAACAACAGAAAAUAAAUAUAUCGAAGAAACUAUCGAAGCUGUCGAGAAAGUUGGACGAUUUAAUCAUACGAACAUACAUCACCAAUCUUCUUCAGAUAUAUCAAUUGAUCGUACUAAUCGACAACUUAUACCGUUCCUUUGUGCAACACCUCAUCUUGUUCAACUCAAUACAAAAUGGCAAGAACAGCUGAAGAUCGAGAAAGAACGAGUUAGACGAAGUUUAAUUACAGGCAAUUAUGACAAAGAUGAUGAUAUAUUGGAUUUAUUUGCUGCAAGAGAUGCUGUUGUAACAGUGAUGAAUCCAAAUAAUUAUAGUACAAACAAUUUUGAAAACUAUGGUUCAAUUCUUCCAGUGCUCAAAGUCAUAAAUAACUUUCCUACUCAGACAAGUAUUAUUAAUGAAUUUACAUUAAACAAAGAACAACGAGCUGCAUUUAUGAUCAUAACAAGUCAUCUUGAUGGUGACAAGCGAUGUCGCAUAGGUGACAAUAAUGGUCAACUCAUAAUGUGCAUACCUGGUUGUGGUGGAACAGGCAAAUCGCAACUUAUUCGUGCUCUUACCAAAUACUUUCUCGUUACAAAAAGAAUGCAAAUGAUGAGAAAGCUUGCACCGACUGGAAUUGCUGCUGCUGAAAUAGAUGGAAUGACAAUUCAUUCAUUUUUGGGCGAACAACGCAAUUCAAGAAAGCCACGAACUAUCAAACCAGGCGACUCAAAGCUUGAAAAAGAAUGGAGACCAGUCGAAUAUCUUUUAAUUGAUGAGAUGAGUAUGGUUGGUUUAACUCUACUAGCAAAACUCAACCGAAUUAUUUCUACUGCAAAACAUGUCGAUCCUCAAGUUCCAUUCGGUGGUGUAAACGUUAUCUUCUUUGGUGAUUAUUUACAAUAUCGACCUGUAUUUGAUGCACCAUUACACACCGAUUUCACAUUAUCAUCUAAAAGUAAAUCGUGCAAGUUACCUACAGAAAAAGAAAUUCAACAGCGUGUUGCACGAUCUUUAAUACUUCAAAUUAA